CAAGCGCGCGUGAGAGUCGGACCAUUCUACUUUGUGGUUAGCUAAUCUCCAAAGGCAAGCCUGAAGAAAAACGGAGCACGGGCCGUCAGACACAGCUAAACCUCAAAAGUUCAUCUUUUCUCUGCUUUUAUUUUUAUUUUUCUAUCUGCAGAGAUAGAUAGAUAGAUAGAAGGAGACAUGGAAAUGCCAAACGACUUUGAUAGGUUACUGUUCUUCGAGCACGCACGUAAAACAGCUGAAGAUGCUUAUGCUCAAGACCCUCUUGAUGCCGAUAAUUUGUUGAAGUGGGGAGGAGCUUUAUUGGAGUUGGCUCAGUUUCAGAGUGUUCCAGAUUCAAAGAAGAUGAUGCUAGAUGGAAUCACGAAGCUGGAGGAGUCGUUGCUGAUUAACCCCAAGAAACACGAGGCUAUCUGGUACCUGGGAAAUGCACAUACUUCAUAUGCAUUUUUGACACCAGAUCAAGAUGUGGCUAAUGAGAGUUUUGAAAAGGCAGCUGUCUACUUUCAACAAGCUGUUGAUGAGGAUCCAGAUAAUGAACUUUAUCGCAAGUCUUUGGAAGUGUCUUCUAAGGCUCCAGAGUUGCACUCACAGAUUCACAAGCAUGGUGGCUUAGAUCAACUGGAAAUGGGAGCUGCCCCUGCUUCUGCAGCUUCUACUUCAUCAAGUGCAAAGAGUUCUAAGAAGAAGAAAAGCAGCGAUCUCACGUAUGAUGUAUGCGGAUGGGUUAUUCUUGCUGUUGGCAUUGUUGCUUGGAUUGGAUUUGCAAAAUCCCAGAUGCCGCCGCCUCCUACACAAUAAGCACUUCAUUUCCCAGAAACAUCUAGCGGAGCUCUGAGUUGUUCUAUGUAGACUCUUGAGGAAACAUGCCAUCUUUCAUUCACACAUUAGUUAAUUUUAGCCUUAGCGAGGUUUUCCCAUUAUAAACUGAUAAUAAGCUGCAAGAGUUGUCAUCUUUAACGAGAAAACAUUGAUUUUUUCAUUUGCCAUAUGCUGAAGCUUGUCGUUGAUAUUGA